AUGAAUCGUCCAGUCUCCUGUGCGCCCAGCCUGGUGCGCCUCAUCCCAUCUCAUGCAUGGCUGCCAGUAAUGGUCUACUGGGUGUCAGCUUUUAUUGGCACGAUACAAAGCAAGUGCCAAGGACUGUUGCACCGACUCCCCGAGCAGACUCGGCCUCUGGAUAAAAGCAAGCAAAAUGCCUCAGUCGAGCACAGAAAUAUAGAAAUGUUAAGCUGGAAAGAGGAAGUACAGUGGAGAGGGGAGGGACCGAGGGCAGAGUUCCAUGGGGCUGCCGCGGCACUUCGAACUUCUGCACAUGGAGCGGGGGAGAGUUGGAAGAACUUCAUAUUGCAAACUCAAGGAAUAGCAGGUAUAGUAACUUUCACGAUGCUUGUUAACUUAAAACUAAUUUAAAGUGUUUAUUCGUAUUUCUAAAUAGUAAGAAAUGAAAGAUCGUUACUCUUUUAAAAUGAACUACCUAACAGAUUGGAAAACAUUGUCCUGAAGUCUGGUGCAGGUGCGUGAGCGUCUGAAAUCCUGUGACGCGGGUAUUUUUAUAGAUGUGCAUGUAACGGAUUUGACUAAUCAAGGAAAAUGUUAAUGUUUCAUGAAUGUUAUACAAUUUUUAUGUGCAUUAUAAUUAAUAUCGAAUGUAUUUUCUUUUCUAAAAUAAUGGAAUAAUGGAAUAUUUUCCUCCUUUCCCAAACUCAUUUUUAGGAGAUUACAGGAAUUGCUCACAAUUAUCUGAACCAUAUCGAAACAGUAGGCUAUAUGUCUUGUCAUUGACAAUUAAGCCUAUUAGAAUUAGGCUAAACAUAAAAACAAAAACAGACAUUUCCUUGGUUUCAAAGUUUUCCAUAGACUGGUUUCACUUUUCGUGCCAGAUUGCCACCUGUUGCAACUGUGCGCAUCCAGAAGUCUACAAACCAUUUUAAUUCAUGUCAUUCAAGCUGGAGUUCUUAUUUCAGAAGUCCACUUUCCAUUAUUACAAAUGAAACCAAGUAAAUUGAAAUAACACGUAUAAACUUGAUCUAAACAGUCCUCAAUAAAAGCGCAAUAAUUAGCUUUAGCCUAGGCUAUAACUACGUUUCCCACAGUAUGAAAAACGUAAUCUGUUUCUCUGCCCUUUUCAAAGUUACAUGAAAAAGACACACACACUUCAAAAUCCCUUUUCAAAAUGCCCAAGACGGUCUCAAUUAUUGGUUGGUCUGAUCCGAACCUGACAUGUGUGUUGAUAGUAUUGGUGGGCAGGGCUCAAGUAUAGCCUACUGUUAACAUGUUGUGAAACUGACAUUCAACAAGAACACCACAGAAGAUUCAUUUUGAGAGAAAUAAUGUGGAAACAACUCAAAGUACUUUCCUCACACCUUUGUGCGCUGGGACAACAUUUUACAAGCUUCAACACGGAGGCUAUUUUAUUCUUGUAAUGAGGAACUAUAACCAUAAACAAUGAAAAAUCCUACUCAAGUCGGCUAAUUAAUUUGGUUAAUAUGGAGUAAUAAGGUAUAUCAUAUUUUCAUUACUGCAUUGUCUAGAUUGUCCUCACAAAACUUCAAAAGCAAUGUUGAUCUUGUUUUAACUUGAUUUAAUUUGCUGUUGACAAUAUUAUUUCCAUUUUGUUGACAGUAAAAACUGCCCUACAAAGACAAAACGCAGUAACUACGUACUUUUUUUUACCGUAAAAUCUGACUUCAAAUUCUUUUUCUGUCUAGACAGACAGCAAUUUCUGAUACUCCAUGAUAUAUUCUAAUCAUCUGGCUUGUUCUUGUGUCAGGAAACUAUAUACCACAUUCAUCAGAUAACAUACCUGGCCAUUAGAACAGAUCAAAGAUGUUUGACUAAAUUCGUAGUUACUGUGUUGACAUUCUGUAUUAACUGUAUUAACAUUAAACAAGAUUAGGCUUCUCACUUUUUUAGGGCAGCCAAACACUUGCAUUUCAGUUUGAUAGCAGGCCUAAGGUAUAUUUUUCUCAUUUCAAGCAAACCACUGCCACCUCAAAGGUUUCUGUCCUACUGAAAAGAUGAGAUAAUAAUGUGAAAACUUGGGUGAUAGCAUUAUUAGGCAGGAAUGUGCUGCAUUUUUUUUUUUCAUGAAAAGUUUAUAUUGAAAACGAAUCCAAAAUUAAAAACACAGCAGCCUGUACAAAUGUACUCACCCUCAAGAAAAAAAAUAUGAUAUAUUUAAAUGACUAUUAGUAAACGAAGCAAUGAAUUGCACCCCACCCCAUAGCACAAUUACAUUUGAUUUAUCUGCUUCUUCUGAUUGAGGAGGGUUGAAAUGCUGCAAAUACGUGUUUGUGGAUUCAUCAGCAUCCUUAUUGUUAGCAUACUGAGGAAGGGGACAGAGAAAGAAAGGCUGUUAUUAAAAUGAUUCUCACUGAAUACCAGUGUAAUGAAGUGUGUCAAAUGCAAAUAAAGACCAUAAGGAAACUCCUUUCAAUGCUCCUAUACUGUAGCCCCUCUAACCCACAAUAGGUGCUAAAACAUUAGCUCAGUAAGAUUAUCAUCUUUCAAUUUAUGACUGCACAUUUCAUUAAUUGCUAAUGAGUAUUCUCUCUAUAAUUUUCAGAUGAUAAAAAAUGAAAAAGAUGACUGUUUUGACUGUUCAUUAUAUUACGUGGUGUAAUGUAGUAGGGCAUGGUUCCCCAAAUGGUGGUUUGGGACCCACAGGUGGGUCGCUGCUAAGGCAUGAGGGAGUUGUGGCACAAAUAUUGUUUUGUUUAACACUGGAAUGGAUGAGGUGGGUCUCAAUACACAAAAAGUAGUAUUAUUUUUUACAUCUCAGUAUCAAAAUAUAUUAUAUUUUGUAUGCCAUGUCAAAAGGAAUUUUCUGGAGAAACAAAGUAGGACUUUCAAGUACAGUCUUGAAUCACUCUUCUCACAGAAGCAGCAUAUACUUAUAAUAGUUUGAGAACAAAAACAUUUCAAUAAUAAUACCUGAUAUGAUAUCAUUCUUGUUUGACUUUUCUUUAAAAAAGUUAUUAAAAACUUAGCCUAAUGUUCUAUAUCACCCCUCAGAUUGUAUAGAUUUUAAUACGACUGAUUUAUUCAUUCAUAUAGGCCCCAUAUUAUUUGCACAUGUUUUAUGUUGAUAUUCCUGACAUUUAAGGAUAAAUAUGUGUUGCCAAAUGAUAGUUUACAUUAUAAAAUCCUGUCUGUCAGUUUUUACUCCCUCCCAGUAUCCAAAGUUUGCUGGUGUUGUACACUUUGGCUGUUUAACGGUUUGACUGUUUCAGUCUCCACCCUGCUCCCUGUCGUGUGUUCGCACCCUGCUCUGCACAGCCCCUUCGCCCCACCUGCCAUCCACCCCACACACACACACACACACACACACACACACACACACACACACACACACACACACACGCACACACACACACACACACACACGCACACACACACACACACACGCGCACACACACACACACACACACUCCCUUUAGUUUAGUUAGGACUGGGGGCGUUGUGAACCCACAGCCCUCUUCCUGUCACUCUACCCCUUACUGAGCGCACUCAGACCCACUGCCAUGACUCUUCCUGCCCUUUGUGAGGCACUUUCAGAAAGCGGCUGUUGCCCUUAGUGCCUUGUUUUGUCAUAUUUGACCAAAGUGGUGUCAUUCUGAAAUAUUGUCUGAAUGAAACCAUCCACAAAACACAAAAUAUAUUGAGAAUAGUCAACAAGAAAUAAACUACAACAUGACAUAGCAUUAAGAUAUCCAACUAAUUGGGUUUUGUCACAAACGCAUGUGGCUUAAAAUGAACCAGGAAACAAAACUAUGAUAAAAAAACAAAAAAACAAAUGUAAGAUUGCAUCAGGUAGUUAGUAACUAAAAGUAAUAACAAUGUUACUUCGGGUGAAUAUACAACUUCCUGAAUGCCUACACAAUUGUAUUGUGGUGGAACAUGGGAAUGCAUUUCUCACUUCUGUCAAAGUCCCCCACCAACAUGAUCAGUAUUUCCCUUCGCACCAUCCGCCCAGAAAAAAGAAAAAAGGGCACAUGUGAAUACCACCCCCCCCCCCCCCCCCCCCCCCCCCCCGACCUCCAAACUCCAGAUGCUAAAGAAUGAUGUCGCAGGCAGGGCCUCCUAGUCCUGUAUCGACACACUAGCAUGCAACACCCACUGUGCUCGCAGCGCCGCAUCUUCUGCACUUGGGUCCUGGGUGUUCGUGGGUUGUUGAGUCUCUGACUUGACUCGCAUGUCCGCUGAACAUUGUGUGUUGCGACAGCAGCGGGGGCUGCUUGGUGGCUUCCCACUAUUUGUUCCAAAUGUGUGGAGCCAUCUGUCAGUAAAACAGGAAGGCCUAGGUUCCCCUUCUCCCUCGGGCUCGCUUCGCUAUUUUAGGGAGCUUCACUUCUCCCUGUGUGGCUGGCUGGGCUGGGAAAGCGGCUCCACCAAGGGCCUUCUUGAAGUGGCGGAGCUGAGGCUGAGGCUGUUGUGCCCAUCUGCUGCAGGCUUGAGGGGGAUGCAUUAUUAAUGGGGCCACGCACACUGGUGACUCCUCAGAUAUGCAGCAGGCCCUGGCCAGGGGAUGUGCUCUUCUUCACUAAAUUGCCUCCUCUUGUGCGAGAGAAACUUACUUCGGUGCCCCUUGGCCUUCUCCUUCCUCUAUCUAUCUCUCUGUCGCUGGUUCUCUCUCUUUACUUUCGCUCUCUGACACACUCCCUGUCUGUCUUGGUUCCCUCCCCUCCCUAUCUCUGUAUCUCCCCCUCUCUCUCUAUCACUCUCUCUGGGUCCCUCUCUUUAUUAUCUUUCUCUCUCUCCUCUCUCUUUGUUUCUGAUUGUGGCGCCUCUCGCACACGUCUGUGCUCGGGUAGUGGCGCGCUCAGCGAUGCAUGCUCAGUAAAUUAGAGUGAACAUGAGCGCAGAUCAGCUGGGCACGGCAAACAGCCAUAUCCUCAGUGACCUAGGGCCACUUAAUUUUCGGCUUAAUUUUGCGGCAGUCAGUUUGCAUUUUUGGAUGAUUAGGUUGCAGGAAAUUAACAAUAAAUAACAAAUGUGGUCUGAAAGCCCCUUCCCAGCACCCCUCAUCACCAUAGCCCAUCACGCAAGGCCAAGCCACUCUCCCAGCCCGUCCUCUCUGUCAGACAUGUAAUGAAAAUGUCUGUAAUUCUUUGUAAUGUAAUGUGGGGGACAGUGGUGUGUCUUUCGGUGUGACAAAAGGGACAUUGCCGGCGUGACAGAGGUGUACACAGCGAGGUCAUGCCUUUAGUCAGUUGUGGCUUUUUAUAAUGUUGUGUUUUUUCAGCCCUGCUGUGCCGUUGAUCAAAUUUAAACACAUCUACAUCUCCGUCUCUCUCUAUCCCAUUAGAGUACCUGCACCGAAUGGAGACGGAGGAGGCUCAGGAGAUGUCUCAGAUGCCAGGUAAGAGCCUCUGUUUUCAGACCUCAGAGUGUGAGUUGCACAGAGCCCAAGCUGACUGGCACAGUCACAGCACAUAUGAUGGAUUAUAGAUGAUUAUGGUUCUAUCAUAUGAGCAAUAAUGAACCAUGUUCUGGUGACUAAUGGGUGUUUGCUGGUGCUUACCCAUGCAGGCAGGGACAGCCCCCCUCCCAAUGAUGUGUCUGAGGACAACGACGAGGCCAUGCCCGUCCCAGAGGACCUGUCUGCCAGCUCCAAUCUGCAACACAACAACAGGGGUGACAAAGGAGGCAUGGGUGAGUGACAGCUCAUAUAAGUCUGUGCCACAUGUUUCAAUGUACCACUCCCACAUCAGUGGGCCUAUAACCAGUUAUAACACCCAGACCAGUAUAGCCAUCAAACUUUCACCUGUGUGCCCCAAAACAGUUUCCAGAGCACCUUCAGAAAUAUGUAUACCCUCACAAGGACAAAAGUAGUAGUAUUGUUCAUACUACUUAUAAUGAAAAGAAUGAUGAUUUAAAAACAUCAGUUAUCAUAAUAUAUUAAUAAAUGUCAUAUGAUGAAUACAUUUAUAAUAAUACAUUCUUGUUACACCUGCCUGCACUAGAUAGAACAGCAAAAUUUCCACCCCCUUAUUUUUUUUACAUUAAAAUAAACCAAAAUUACAUAUCAUAAAAACAAAUGUGUCAGUAACUUAACUAUUUUGUGUUAGUAAAAUAGCAAGUUUGUAACGGCAUCCCAAGCAGUAGUUACCACAUCAAAAAAAUCCCUUAAAUCCACUUAUUACUUGCAAUCUAGCGCUUAAUCAAUCUUAGUUCUUUUGAACAUGUAAUCUUGAUGCAUUUAGGUCAUUGGCAGGAAAGUUUGGACAUUUCUCUGAUCCAUCACAUGAUGUGCAAAACCUUAAGGAAUGGCUAAUGUGGCCUUGAUAUGUGGAUGUAACUAAAUGAAGCCAGGGAAUACCAUUAGCUGAUGUACAAGUUCAUUGAAACUCGGGACAUGACUGGGAUGUCAGGGGACACCGGGCAGCAUUUACCAGAUGAAGUUUUGGAAUUCAAAUGCUUGCUUCAUGAGAACAUCUGUGAACCCCUCCCCCCUAGUGCUGCACUACCUGUGUGUAAGGUUAGCCAUGUCAUAUUGUAUACGUAAUAAUACAGUAGCUCAUGCAACCAAUAUCUAUGGUAGGUUUAUGGGAUGUGUUAGUGAUCCAUUGUGAUAACUACAAUACACAAUAAGUGUUACUAUAAUUUUGGGUGUAAAACUGGAUUGUCCUUCCAUAUUAGCUCCAGAUAGCUGUGUGGUGUAGUUUACCCUUGUACUUCGAGUCAGAAACAACAUGUCAGAGCAGAGGAAACUGAAAUAAGAUGUGCAAGAGUUUCCUAAGAAAAACUUGCCAUCAGGCAGUUUCAACACUCCAGGAGAUAAAGUUUUCAGGAGCAGAGUCAAGCUCGGAGAUCAGCAUUGCACAUCACCAGUGCAUCGCACCACCACACAGCCAGCCACCUGCAAACACACUGACGCUUUCACUUCAACUGUCAAGCUUUUAACUCAGCAGCACACAUAAGGAACUCCAACCCUCGCCAGCAUGCCAUAGUUUACGACAAGGAUACCCAUUGUCAUGUACCAGGAAUUUAUUGUAACUGCCCUACUAACCAUGAAGUACACAUUUAUCUUGAUCAAAAGUCACUCAGUCAAUGUGAAAACGUCUAUCAGCAUUGAAGAGAAAUCAUCAUGAGAUAUUUUGAGGCUUUCACCUCCAGCAGCUGCAGUUCUAAGGUUUAUCCAUGAGCCGCCAAUUGAUUGACUUUCUGAAGCAUUACAUGGGCUGACCUAUACUUAUUUUGUUUAUCAUAAAUGCUCAUUUUUUGGGCUUUGUGCAAGUUUGCAGUUGAGCUAGAGCUGGAAGAGGAGGCCAUAGGAAACACAGGCAUAUGCUGCUGUGGUUCAGUCCAGUCAGGCAUGUCUUUCUCCAUAUGACUGUCUUUGUGGCUGAGCGUAUGAUUAGUCAUUUCACUUGCUGGAUUUACAGACAUUAUUCCAUAGUACUUUCAACAUGUUUUUGUAAAUUCACAUACAAUGAGAGCAGAGCAUCAGAGAUAAAUGUUUUAUAGUGUCUUCUUUGGCGAGUUCGUUUUUUAAGGAUGUGUUGUAUGAUUCCUAAUCUCUUUUUCUGGUCUUAUAUUAUUUUGAAAUACAGGAAGAGGUCCUGAAUCAGAAAAGAGGUCGGCAUAAACAAAGACAACAGUGUGUGUGUGUUUGUAUGCAUGUGUUUGUUUGCACGUGUUUGUCUUUGGGCGUUGGUGAGUGUAAGUGUUUGUGUUGCUCUGCACUCACUGAAGAUCUAAUCACCAGUGUGAGGGUGUGAGAGUGUGAGAGGAAGUGACUGUUAUACUGUAUCUAUGCAGUGCAUCGCUGGCUCUCCGAUAAACCCCAAAUGCAUCAAGGAGUUAUUAUUAUCUGUUAGGAUCAUGUGGUUCAAAGGAUAUUGGCCUGAAGUGCAGGACACAAGCAGGACUGUGUAACUGAGACAAGGAGGCUGCAGGUAUGAUGGAAGCUCAAGACCUCAAAGCCAGGUUGUUUUUUGCAGUUUUCCAUUCACUUUCCAAUGCUAACAUAUUGUCCUACACAGCUUCUCUAGGUUCAUCCCACACAGACUUCACUAUACAAUUCAACAAGCCCAAAAAGGAUUUCCCUUGUGUUGGGAGGACAAGACACAUUGUCACAAAAGGUUGCCUUAUUGAAUUCAAUUGUAUCAAAAUAUUUUUGGUCAUUACAGUCACACAGACAGUAAAAUUACAUGUCACGGUAUGCCUUUCUGGUGACACAAUUUAUCUUUCAGUAUGUAUGAAUCAUUAGGGUUAUUCAGUCUUCACUACAAUCCUGUCUAUUUCCCAAAAAUGCAAGGCUAGAGUUUCAAAAGAGUGGGGAAAAGUACGCUUUGUUUUUGGUGCCCCUUAUCGACACUGAAACACCAAAAGGAAUUGUGUUCAGUAUGGCAUCUAUGUGGUUUUACACGCAUGUGGUUGGUUCCACAGCAGAGUUAGCACACACUGGGCUAUUUUCCUCAGGCAGUGAGAAAAGCAGCUCUGUUGCAGGAACCUUCAACAGGCUCUUUUUACUUCCACACUACAUAACUGAGCCAUCAUCAAUGGCUUGUUAUCAGUUACCCGUGUUUCCUAUUCUUUUGAUAGUUUGAGUAGCUUGUGAAUUUAGAAAUGUAGUCUCUUUUGUACCAGUGAAUCAAAUCAAUGACACUGGAGCUGUAACUAAGUAUACGGUAGCCUACACUGUUGAAAAUAAUGUGUUUAGUUAUUUGACUUAUAAGCAAAGUAAAUAAGCCUAGGGUUUUGUCACGGAAGGUCUCUGGAAAGAUACUUGAGCUUCAGUGGUCUACACCAACCCUCAUGUUGUCGUUCUGGCCCCUCUCAAACCCACAGGCUCAUAGCUGAGGUAGACAGCAUUGACAUCGGCAAGGUCAACCGGACUACUGCUGCUGGUGCUGCAGCUUCUCAGGGAUAAAUGGGGAAGUUGUGACUAACUUGGGGAUGGGAAGAAGGGCUUUUACUUUAUGUCAUGCUUGCCACACAUCCUGAUUUACUAGUUUUGGGAAGCAAGUGUAAAAUCUAACAGGAAAGAACAAACAAAGAGAUAGAGCAAUAAAACAACAACAGUGAAUCAGUAGAUCCGCCUCUCAAUGUCAACACCAGACAUUUAAGUCAAAUGAACAAUACAUAUUCUACUAUGAAUGAUAUAGAAUCAAAAGGCAACAGAAAAUCUCAGUGAGAUUCUAAAGGGUAACACCACUGCAACAAGAGCACUUUCUGUAAGUGAAAUCUUGGACGAGCCCCCAAAUCAAAUCAAAUCAAAUUGUAUUUGUCACGUGCGCCGAAUACAACAGGUGUAGACCUUACAGUGAAAUGCUUACUUACAAGCCCUUAACCAACAAUGCAGUUUUAAGAAAAAUAUGUGUUAAGAAAGUAUUUACUAAAAUAAACUGAAGUAAAAAAUAAAUAAAGAAGAAGAAAAUAGAAAAAUAACAAAUAUUUAAAGAGCAACAAUAAAAUAACAGUAACGAGGCUAUAUACAGGGGGUACCGGUACAGAGUCAAUGUGCGGGGGCACAGGUUAGUCGAGGUAAUUGAGGUAAUAUGUACAUGUAGGUAGAGGUAAAGUGACUAUUCAUUGAUAAUAAACAGAGAGUAGCAGCAGCGUAAAAAAUUUAAAUAGUCCGGGUAGCCAUUUGAUUAGCUGUUCAGGAGUCUUGUAUAUAUAUGCUACGGCCCAAGUUCUGUGCAUUUCUGUACAUUAACUGAACAACAAACCCAUAGAGGGCAGUGACAUUUUUUCUCUCACGACUUUAAUCACAUAGACGUUUAAAAAGAAAGUGGUUGUAUUCAUGUUGUAGCCAACAACCCAGUAAUCCUCAGGUCUAUGAUUCUGGCUGACAAGUAGGCCUAACAUGCUUGGGGAGAUGCAGGCCUUAACUCAGCAUCUGUGGUUUGUGAUAAUAUGCUCUUUAAAGUUAUCAGUACCCUGGGUGCUUUCUCUAUGUCAGUAGUAAUCUGUGCCUUUCUGCUUUCAUCUAGCUAACUUCCUUAGUGCCGGGUGUGCGAUUUCUAUAAGCGUGUGGUUUGUGUUUUCCUCAUCUCGCCUGCUCAGCGGAAAGACAUGUAGUAGUCUAUGUGUCCACUCGCAAAGACAAGUAACAACAGGCAAACUGACAAAACAAGGGGUUUUAGGGCUACAGACUAAAUGUUGUAUGGUGAGGGAGGAGCAGUUUUUCUUUUACAAGGCUGCCCUGGACUUACAGUAUUUCAUCAGUUAGCAUAACAUAACUAAUUCUAACGUAAUUUGGUCUUUGGGGUGUCCACUAUCACCAAGGUGGCGCUUAAUUGUAUUAUUUGAGUAGUUAGCAUGGUACUGUAUACCAAAUGCUGAUUUUAUCCAGUAUCACCAAGAUGGUAUUCAGUUGAUACUGAAGUGAGAGCAACAAAAAGUCAUUGUGUUCACACGAGUUGCCUUUCCGCUCUCACUGGAUGAAUCAUGCAUUAUGGGAGCUUGUUCCCUGGGAGUGUCAGUGAAAACAAGCAUCCCACAAAGGGACUGUUUCAGUUACACUGUUUUACAAUUCCUAGUCUGAGCUUCCCUUUCUGUCACUUCUCCAUAAUUAUUGGUAUUUCGGUUAGGUAGGCCCUGUUUCUGAAGCUUCCCCUUUUUCCCUAUAGAUUCCUAUAUUUCAUUAUUUCCACUUCUUCCACUUCUUCUGGUGUACAAACAAGGAAGGCACAUGAGGAAAUCAGCCACCAUGACAUGCAAAUCACAGGCUAAUAGUUGAGGGGUUUACAAGGUUUUAAGUGUUUAAAAGUACAUUCCAAUUACUUGAGGAAAACGUCACACUAUCCCUCCAAUACUCAAUCAGACGGCUGUCGUCACAUUUCCUUUACAUUCGCUCCUUUUAUAGUUGUGCUUAUUGAGAUGAUAAACUUUGAUUAAAUUAAGGUUCAAAAAAUAUUUGUGCAAAUGGAUUGUCUAUGCCAUAGUCUGGUUACAAAGUUAUUGAAAAAAUUGACAAGUUCCCAAUGGGCAAAAACUGAUUUAAUCAACGUUGUGUCCACGUCAUUUCAACAAAAAAAUCAAUGUGAUGAUGUUGAAUCAAUGUGGAAAACUAAUUGAAUUUGCAAAAAGUUAUCAACGUAAGGGCAUUUCAUCUUUUUUUCACCUAACUUUUAACCUAAAUCCAAUGACAUGGUGAAUUUAUUUGUUGAUUUCACGUUGAAUUCACGUUAGUUGACAACUCAACCAAAUGUAAAUCGAAACUAGACAUUGAACUGACUUCUGUGCCCAGUGGGUUGUGUCUAUAAAUCAAACAUUCAUUGUGUUACAUUUUGAAUGCAAGCGUUUUUGGAUUAUCAUUUACAUUUUUUAAGCGCUACCUAUGUUCAGAUAUUGUGUUUUUUUGUUAUUUCUUUUAUACCUUACUUAUUUGGUGUGCGAGUGUGUGUGUGUGUGUUUGUUUACCAUAGUUUGUUGGUCUGGUUUACACCGCUGCCGUCCCUUGUUUCACACAGCUUCCUGUGUCUCUGUUUCCUGUUUAUCUUGCAGUCAUUUUUACAGAAGUGUGAUGAUGAGAGAUGGAGUAUGAGUUUCCCUAUCUCUUUUAGCGAAUAUAUAUAUAUAUAUAUAUUAUCCAUCUGUUAUGUUUGAUCUGGAACACUGAUCACAAGAACCCACUGCAUAAAUUCACCAAAUCUGUUUCAAAGUUUUGUCCUAGUGUGCUCUGCUAAUCAAGUUGAAUUGAGGAUUGCUGCACAGAAAGUGCUGAUUUAAAUGCUCUCACUCUGCAAUGAACGAUUGCUAUCAGUAAGUUCAUUGGAGGUGAGGCACUAAAACAACCAUUCAAGUAGAGGGAGACACAGACACAUGCCCUUAAACUAAUAGUCACAUAUUGACCAAUGGAAAGUCAAAGAUGUACAUGUACUCAAAUAGUAAUAUAGUAAUGUACUCAUAUUUCUACACAGUAAGGUAGGCUAUAGUCCCCCAGAAACAUGCUCCUAUUCUAAACAGUGGCCCACUGCCCUCUUUUCCAGCCUGUAACAUUAAAGUUGAGGCUCGCAGUGACGAGGAGAAUGGGCUCGCCUUUGACAUGAUGAUGAAUGGCGAGGAGGAGGAGGAGUGUGCGGAAGACUUGCGCGUGCUCGAUGCCUCGGGGGCCAAAGUGAACGGCUCCUAUGCAGGCGGCCCCGACAGCAAGGGCCCCUACUCCUCAGCCGGGGGUAUCCGCCUGCCCAACGGGAAGCUCAAGUGUGAUAUCUGUGGGACAGUUUGCAUUGGCCCCAAUGUGCUGAUGGUGCACAAGCGAAGCCACACUGGUAAGCCAUCUGCGAUACCCAUCGCCCUUACUUUGCACCCACGCUCACUGGUAGCCUUACAGAGAGAUCAUCUGUAUGUGGAGUUGAGAAGCUGAGAUGGAUUCUGUCAGUAUCUUUAUCUUUACUUCAGACACUGAGAGCAGUAGACAGAGCACUCUUAGGGUACGUCUGUGUUCUUAUGUCUUAUUCCAAAGUUGUCCACAAAGCAUAGGCUACAACACAAGUAAUUGGGGUUUCACACUAUCUUACAGAAGUUAAUUACAUGCUUAUCACCUAAUAAGUAUGUUUUUGUAUAUUGGAGAACAAAGCACCACUUAGUAGGAUAUCAUGCUACAGUGCUAGGUAUCCACCAAUUGUGUUGACUUCUAUAAGAUAAGCACCAGGAGGUGCUAACUGUUACCAUGUCAUUUCUCAGUAAGUGAGGUGGAAUGAAGCAGUUGAAUACUUGUUUUGUAAAAGUUAUUGCUUAACCAAUAGGAGUUAAUUGAUGAUGGACGAGCUUAACAUGAAGAGAUCAAUUCCAUUUAGUUGUUGAUGUGGAUAAUAUAGAGCUUUCAUUGGUUUGUAGUGGUCAAAUGGGUUUCAGAGGCAUCUUUUCCCAUAGUUACAGUGCUAUAGUCAAUAUAUUGGUAUGUAAUGUUGUAAACGGGAGUUUUAGACUAAAAUAUUGAGGUAUUAGUCAAGUAUGUCAUGUGUCACUCCUGAGUAGCGCAGUGGUCUAAGGCACUGCAUCGCAGUGCUAACUGUGCCACUAGAGAUCCUGGUUCGAAUCCAGGCUCUGUCGCCGCCGGCCGCGACCGGGAGACUCAUGGGCGGCGCACAAUUGGCCCAGCGUCAUCCAGGGUAGGGGAGGGAAUGGCCAGCAGGGAUGUAGCUCAGUUGAUAGAGCAUGGCGUUUGCAACGCCAGGGUUGUGGGUUCGAUUCCCACGGGGGGCCAGUAUAAAAAAAUAAUGUAUUCACUAACUGUAAGUCGCUCUGGAUAAGAGUGUCUGCUAAAUGACUAAAAUGUAGUAUCUAGAUAUUCUGUAUGGGUGACUUUUGGGUGUCCUUUUAAAUUAUCACAAGAGAGGUGGCUCGUGAUCUAUUUGUUGUGUGAUAAGACUAAAAAAGUAAGAUGAAUAUAGUCCCUAAACAUGACCUUAUAUCACAGAUGAAAAACAGGAUAUCAGCGGCAAUUAAAUGGAAUCUCCACAAAAUUGCAAUUAUCCGAGUAUAAAAACUUUUUCAAAAUUCAAAAUUGAUAUUCUAUUGAAAUUCACCCAAACCAGUAGGGGGGAACACUUUUUAAAAAGGCACUUAACUGCCAAGCUUUAGAAACUAAUGAAACCCAAAAUGGAAGAAAGGAACAUUAGACUAAUGUAAAUGCAAAAUAAUGUAUAAUAAAAUAUAUAAUGAAGUGCCUCCUAUUUAAAUAGAAAAUAUUCUGUGGUGAGUCUCUGCUCCUGAAAUGCAUUUUUAAUGAGCUUCCUUUUUUCUAUAGUUUUGCUGCUUCACUGGUGAGUCUUAUUUUAUGGGGGCCUUUUGAAAAAAAAAAGCCAUAUUAAAACCUUCUCACAGAAUGCCACAACACGCAGAGAGGAUGGAUAUUGGUUUAUUCCAGAACCACUGAUCAGGAAGACUGGCUCUCAACACAAAGUGUUUCCUUCGCUUUAUUCAAAUUAGCUUGAAUUUGCAUUGUGAUGGGCCACUCUUAUUUUAGAGACGAAGAAGAGAAAAAAAUUAGAUUUUCAGAUCAAAUUGACCCAGGCACUGGUGCAUUACGAAACUGGCAGCCUGAGUCUGAAAGGCUCUUGUUCGAUCAGAGUGGUAGUCGGCUCCGAGGUGCAGGGCCAGGGAGAGCACGGAGAAAUGGAGUGUCACUCCGCUCUCAAACCCUCCUAGGCUGGUUGAUUGGGUUGUGUGCCGAGUUCCUCCAUCAUCCACUGUGUUCUAGUGCUUGGGAGUCUUGUAGUACAGUGACCCCACAUUCACAUCCACAGUGGAACUAUUUGGGAUGCUUUAGUUCUUGCAUCCACAUAGCAAAAUUCAGACAAUGGCUUUAUACCUAGCCUAUUAUUGUCUGAGGAGAGGCUGUUCUCGUUGAGCUGAGCUGACAUUGGUGUAUCUUAAAGCAAACUAGAAACUCCCAAUGGUUGAACUGAUACAAACUACAAAUUGGUCCAUCUCAUGCUGCAGGAUGACAAAAGAGAAAGCACAUUCAUACAUUCACCAUACACUGUCAACACUUUGCAUUAACCCUCUUUUAUCUAAAAUGUAUAUAAUUCCAUUCAUAUAGGCCUACUCUUACAAAUAAAAUACUCAUCUGCUAUUAUUGUAAUUUUGUGUCUGAGCUCACAACACAAGAUUUUGCUGAAGAUGUUCCUAUUUAAUGAUAACAUCUACAUGAUAGUAUCUACAUAACUCACAGAUGCCUAUACUCCAGUUGUGUGUUUGUGAGAUUACAAAAGUGUGCUUGUUAGUGAAAAAUAUCCAAACACUAAUUUGCAAUCUGCCAAUUACAUUUAAAGUGUUGAUACAUACUGUAGAUGAGUGGCAGCUGUUCCUGUGUGAUGGCCCUCACAGCCUGCUGUCUUGUCCUCAGGAGAGCGUCCGUUCCAGUGUACCCAGUGUGGUGCUUCUUUCACCCAGAAAGGCAACCUGCUGCGCCACAUCAAGCUCCACUCAGGAGAGAAGCCCUUCAAGUGUCACCUGUGCAACUACGCCUGUCGCAGGAGAGACGCCCUCAGCGGUCACCUGCGCACCCACUCUGGUGAGUUAGGAGCAUAUGUCUGUCAUCUGCAAAUCAAUUAUUAUAAAACCAUUACGUUUAUCAUGUCAAGGAAACAUGUGACUGGGUCUAUUGGAGAAUGAAAAAUAAUUCCAUUAUUACUCAAAAUACAACAUAUACACCACUCACAAUAUGGACAGUACUAUGGCCCCCCCCACAUGCACUUGAAUAUUGCUCUCAAUUUAUUGCUGUCAGUGCUCACUGCUGUAUCAAUGUCACAUCUAAGUAAGCAUUUCACUGUAAUGUCUGCACCUGUUGUAUUCGGCGCAUGUGACCAAUAAAGUUUGAUUUGAUUUGAUUUGAUCGUACAGUUGGAAAACCCCACAAAUGUGCUUACUGUGGGCGGAGCUACAAGCAGCGUAGCACUCUGGAGGAACACAAGGAGCGGUGCCACAACUAUCUCCAGUGUAUGGGGCUGCAGAACAGCAUCUAUACAGGUUAGUUAGUGUCUCUCACCUCCACCUACACUGUUGACCUACUGUGCACUGUAGUUUACUCAGGACUCUCUCUGGUAGCAACAUGAAUGAACCAACAAUGAUGCAAUUACAACAAUACUCCCAACAGGUCAGACUACAUUUUAUGACAUUUAUCUGCAGAAUAAACAUUGUUCCUCUAUCAGUAAGGCUUCCGUAAUGUAUUGGACAAGUGCAUUUUUGCUGUUUCUGUUGACUCAUAUCCAGUUAUUCUAAAGGGGAAAAACACUUUAUUCAGUAAAGAAAUGUGGUCAAAUAGAGUGGCAGCUAAUUUUCUUGGAAUGACGGAUAGGUCUUUAAGUUUUACUGCUUCCUUCUGUGAAUCAACUAACUAUAAAUAAGAGCCUGACGUCUUUUUCCUUGUAAUCUUUUCAGUUCAUGUUUUGUUAAAAAUGAAUUGACAGUUCUGCUUAAAUGUAAUAAUAAUUUCCUGAAUGUGGAACAUGGCUUAGAGUUAAAUAUAGUAAGAUAAUGUGGCUUUUGCUCACGUUAAAAUACCUCUUAUACAAAGGAUCCAUUGAAGGUGGAUGUACAUGUAACCUACUGAGCUGACAACAUUAGAAAGUGGGCCGAGAGAGCAGAGGUUUGUAUAUUUAUAAGAGGAAAUUAUGAGACAGGUUGAUCACUCUCCUUUGCUUAGUUAGUGUGUGCCUUCAGAAAGUAUUCACACUCCUUGAAUUUUUCCAAAUUUUGUUGUUUUACAGCCUGAAUUUUAAAUGGAUUAAAAUUUUGUGUCACAGGCCUACACACAAUACCCCAUAAUGCCAAAGUGGAAUUAUGUUUUUAGAAAUGUUUACAAAUUAAUAAAAAAUGAAAAGCUGAAAUGUCUUGAGUCAAUCAUUUGGAUGGUGUAUCAAUACACCCAGUCACUACAAAGAAACAGGCGUCAUUCCUAACUCAGUUGCCGGAGAGGAAGGAAACCGCUCAGGGAUUUGACCAUGAGGCCAAUGGUGACUUUAAAAGUUUAAUGGCUGUGAUAUACCAUUCUUCAGAUAUACAGUACUACAUGUUCUAUCCAUAUACUGUCCAUAUUAUCUAUACAUCCCAUCACACACACAUAUACAGUGCAUUCGGAAAGUAUUCAGACCCCUUCACUUUUUCCACAUUUUGUUACAUUACAGCCUUAUUCUAAAAUUGAUUUUUUUUUAAGAAUCCUCAUCAAUCUACACACAGUACCCCAUAAUAACAAAGCAAAAACAGGUUUUCAGAAAUGUUUGCAAAUUUUUAUUUACAUACACUACCGUUCAAAAGUUUGGGGUCACUUAGAAAUGUCCUUGUUUUCGAAACAAAAGCAAUUUUUUUGUCCAUUAAAAUAACAUCAAAUUGAUCAGAAAUACAGUGUAGACAUUGUUAAUGUUGUAAAUGGCUAUUGUAGCUGGAAACGGCAGAUUUUUUAUGGAAUAUCUACAUAGGCGUAUAGAGGCCCAUUAUCAGCAACCAUCAGUCCUGUGUUCCAAUGGCAUGUUGUGUUUGCUAAUCCAAGUUUAUAAUUUUAAAAGGCUAAUUGAUCAUUAGAAAACCCUUUUGUAAUUAUAUUAGCACAGCUAAAAACUGUUGUGCUGAUUAAAGAAGUAUCUGGAGCAUCAGCAAUUGUGGGUUCGAUUACAGGCUCAAAAUGGCCAGAAACAAAUAACUUUCUUCUGAAACUCAUCAGUCUAUUCUUGUUCUGACAAAUGAAAGCUAUUCCAUGCGAGAAAUUGCCAAGAAACUGAAGAUCUCGUGCAACGCCGUGUACCACUCCCUUCACAGAACAGCGCAAACUGGCUCUAACCAGAAUAGAAAGAGGAGUGGGAGGCCCCGGUGCACAACUGAGAAACAGACGCCUCACAGGUCCUCAACUGGCAGCUUCAUUAAAUAGUACUUGCAAAACACCAGUCUCAACGUCAACAGUGAAGAGGCGACUCCGGGAUGCUGACCUUCUAGGCAGAGUUGCAAAGAAAAAGCCAUAUCUCAGGCUGGCCAAUAAAAAUAAAAUAUUAAGAUGGGCAAAAGAACACAGACAGUGGACAGAGGAAGAUUGGAAAAAAGUGUUAUGGACAGACGAAUCGAAGUUUGAGGUGUUCGGAUCACAAAGAAGAACAUUUGUGAGACGCAGACCAAAUUAAAAGCUGCUGAAGGAGUGCUUGAUGCCAUCUGUCAAGCAUGGUGGAGGCAAUGUGAUGGUCUGGGGGUGCUUUGAUGGUAGUAAAGUGGGAGAUUUGUACAGGUUAAAAGGGAUCUUGAAGAAGGAAGGCUAUCACUCCAUUUUGCAACGCCAUGACAUACCCUGUGGACGGCGCUUGAUUGGAGCCAAUUUCCUCCUACAACAGGACAAUGACCCAAAGCACAGCUCCAAACUAUGCAAUAACUAUUUAGGGAAGAAGCAGUUAGCUAGUAUUCUGUCUAUAAUUGAGUGGCCAGCACAGUCACCGGAUCUCAACCCUCUUGAGCUGUUGUGGGAGCAGCUUGACCGUAUGGUACGUAAGAUGUACACAUCAAGCCAAUCCAACUUGUGGGAGGUGCUUCAGGAAGCAUGGGGUGAAAUAUCUUCAGAUUACCUCAAGAAAUUGACAACUAGAAUACAAAGGUCUGCAAGGCUGUAAUUGCUGCAAAUGGAGGAUUCUUUGACGAAAGCACAGUUUGAAGGACACAAUUAUUAUUUCAAUAAAAAAUAAUUGUUUCUAACCUUGUCAUUGACUACAUUUCCGAUUCAUUUUGCUAUAUUUCCCAUAAACUCAUUUCAUGUGACCCCAAACUUUUGAACGGUAGUGUAAGUAUUCAGACCCUUUUACUCUGAGACUCGAAAUUGAGCUCAGGUGCAUCCUGUUUCCAUUGAUCAUCCUUGAUAUGUUUCUACAACUUGAUUGGAGUCCACCUGUGGUCAAUUCAAUUGAUUGGACAUGUUUUGGAAAGGCACACACCUGUCUAUAUAAGGUCCCUCAGUUGACAGUGCAUGUCAGAGCAAAAACCAAGCCAUGAGGUCGAAGGAAUUGUCCGUAGAGCUCUGAGACAGGAUUGUGUCGAGGCACAGAUCUGGGGAAGGUUACCAAAACAUGUCUACAGCAUUGAAGGUCCCCAAGAACACAGUAGCCUCCAUCAUUCUUAAAUGAAAGAAGUUUGGAGCCACCAAGACUCUUCCUCGAGCUGGCCUCCCGGCCAAACUGAUCAAUCGGGGGGAGAAGGGCCUUGGUCAGGGAGGUGACCAAGAACCCAAUGGUCACUUUGACAAUGCUCCAGAUAUCCUCUGUGGAGAUGGGAGAACCUUCCAGAAGGACUACCAUUUCUGCAGCACUCCACCAAUCAGGCCUUUAUGGUAGAGUAGCCAGACGAAAGCCACUCCUCAGUAAAAGGCACAUGACAGCCUAAAGGACUCUCAGACCAUGAGAAACAAGAUUCUUUGGUCUGAUGAAAGCAAGAUUGAACUCUUUGGCCUGAAUGCCAAGCAUCACGUCUGGAGGAAACCUGGCACCAUCCCUACGGUGAAGCACGUGGUGGCAGCAUCAUGCUGUGGGGAGGUUUUUCAGCGGCAGGGACUGGGAGACUAGUCAGGAUUGAGGGAAAGAUGAACGGAGCAAAGUACAGAGAGAUCCUUGAUGAAAACCUGUUCCAGAGCGCUCAGGACCUCAGACUUGGGCGAAGGUUCACCUUCCAACAGGACAAUGACCCUAAGCUCAGAGCCAAGACAAAGCAGGAGUGGCUUCGGGACAAGUCUCUGAAUGUCCUUGAGCGGCCCAGCCAGAGCCCAGACUUGAACCCGAUCGAACAUCUCUGGAGAGACCUGAAAAUAGCUGUGCAGCGACGCUCCCCAUCCAACCUGACAGAGCUUGAGACGAUCUGCAGAGAAGAAUGGGUGAAACUCCCCAAAUACAGGUGUGCGAAGCUUGUAACGUCAUACCAAAUAAAACUUGAGGCUGUAAUCGCUGCCAAAGGUGCUUCAACAAAGUUCUGAGUAAAGGGUCUGAAGCCUUAUGUAAAUGUAAUAUUUCAGUUUUUGCUUUUUCAUUAUGGGGUAUUGUGUGUAGAUGAUGAGGGGAAAAAAUAAUUGUAUCCAUUUUAGAGUAAGGCUGUAAUGUAACAAAAUGUGGAAAAAGUGAAGGGGUCUGAAUACUUUCUGAAUGCACUAUAUAUACAGCAUAUUUAUAUAUUUAUACUCUUAAUUCCAUUCUUUUACUUUUUAGAUUUGUGUGUAUUUUUGUGAAUUGUUAGAUAUUACUGCACUGUUGGAUCUAGGAACACAAGCAUUUUGCUACACCCGCAAUAACAUCUGCUAAAUAUGUGUAUGCGGCCAAUAAAAUUUGAUUUGAAAGGAGAAAACUGAGGAUGGAGCAACAACAGUGAAAAUAAAAAUAUUCUAAAGGCACUAAAGUAAAACUGUAAGAAAUGUGGCAAAGAAAUUAACUUUAUGUCCUAAAUAUACAAAGCGUUAUGUUUGGGGCAAAUCAAACACAACACAUUACUGAGUACCACUCUUCAUAUUUUCAAGCAUUGUGGUGGCUGCAUCAUGUUAUGGGUAUGCUUGUCAUCUGCAAGGACUAGGGAGGAUUUUUAGGAUCAAAAGAAAUGGAUAAGAGCUAAGCACAGGCAAAAUCCUAGAGGAAAACCUGGUUCAGUCUGCUUUCCAACAGACACCGGGAGACAAAUUCACCUUUCAGCAGGACAAUAAUCUAAAACAUAGGGCCAAAUACACACUAGAGUUGCUUACCAAGGUGACAUUGAAAUUUCCUGAGUGACCUAGUUACAGUUCUGACUUAAAUCGGCUUGAAAAUCUAUGGCAAGACUUGAAAAUGGCUUAGUAAUGAUCAACAACCAAUUUGACAGAGCUUGACGAAUUUAAAAAAUAAUAAUGUGGAAAUAUUGUACGAACCAGGUGUGCAAAGCUCUUAGAGACUGAUCCAGAAAGACUCACAGCUGUAAUCGCUGCCAAAUGUGAUUCUAACAUGUGUUAACUCAGGGGUGUGAGUAAAUUUGAUAUUUCUGUAUUUCAUUUUCAAUACAUUUGCAAAAAUCUCUAAAAACAUAUUUUCACUUUGUCAUUAUGGGGUAUUCUGUGUAGAUAGGUGAGAGACAAAAUCUAUUUAAUCAAUUUUGAAUUCAGGCUGUAACACAACAACAUGUGGAAUAAGUCAAGUGGUAUGGAUACUUUCUGAAGGCACUGUAUACCAACUGUCUGUCAAUAAAAGCAUCCUCAUCAUUGCGCCCUGUAAGAAAUCUACUUUCAGGGAUGCUUAAGCCAAUAUUAGCAAGAUCCUGUUAUACAGUAAUUCUAAAUUUUAUCAGGUCAGAUUUUACUACUUUGGUUCUGAAACCUACUUCUCUGUCUUGCUUUCCAGUAGUAAAGGAAGAAAGCAACCAGAAUGAGCAGAGGGAAGACUUAAGCCAGACGGGAUCUGAGAGAGCCUUGGUGCUAGACAGACUAGCUAAUAAUGUUGCCAAACGUAAGAGCACUAUGCCACAGAAAUUUGUAGGUAAGGGAGAAAGUCUGCUUCCUUUGUAUACCAACCAACAUUGCUUUAACUGCAAAGCACACGACUUAGGUUCCAAAUGUGAGAAUUGCGUAUUUCAGUUUGAUGCAUUCUGAUUUGCCACCUUUGCGCUGCAGAAUAGGCUAUUUAAUAAAACAGCAUUAAUUAAUUAAUUAAUUAUUAAUUAACAUUAAUAUUCAGCAUGAUCACCCUUGUGCCUAGAAUCUGUCUAUCAUUAUAACAAUGUUUGAGAUUUAUUUAAGUUGAUCAAACAUAAUAUUUCCAUUGAUUUCAACUUCAUUCUAAAGCUUUGUGUAUUAUACAUUUAUUUUAAGAUGACUUACUUAAAUUAAAUUAAUUAAAUAUAUUAAUAAGAAUAUAUUGACAAAGCAUGUCAGAAAUAACAACAACUAAAACAAAGUAAUCAGCCAUGAGACACUAAGGAGAACAAUGCAAAUAACUCUAAAUAAGGAGAGAAUCAGUAAAAUUGUGACCAAUAAAUGGACCCCUAGAACUACAGGGAAACAUUAGUGCUUGUAAUGUUUGAUGUCAGGAAUCUGAGGAUUUUCUAUUUGAAUUGUAACAUUGGUAUUCAUCGGUUUUCCCUUUCUAAUCCUCAGGUGAGAAGCGUCUCGCCGACCUCUCCUUCGAGGGCAACCCGGGGGAACUGAUGCAGCCUCAUGUCAUCGACCAGGCCAUCAACAGCGCCAUCAGCUACCUGGGUGCUGAGUCCCUGCGACCUCUCAUCCAGACCUCCCCAACCUCCUCUGACGUGGGGGUUAUUGGCUCCAUUUAUCCCCUCCACAAGCCCCCUCCAGAGGGCCAAGGGGCGGGGGGCCACGGCCUGUCAGCCAAGGACAGCGCAGCCGAGAACUUGCUGCUGCUCGCCAAGUCCAAAUCUGCCUCCAGCGAGAGGGAUGGCUCCCCCAGCCACAGUGGCCAGGAUUCCACCGACACGGAGAGCAACAAUGAAGAGAGGGCAGGUGGCAGGGCAUCGAGCCUCAUCUACCUGACCAACCACAUCACGUCUGGGGUACGUAAUGGCGUGCUGCCCCUGGUGAAGGAGGAGCAGCAGCGGCAGAACGAGGCCAUGCGGGCCAGCAUCGAGAUGGCCUCAGAGGGGUUCAAGGUGCUGAGUGGAGAGGGGGAGCAGUUGAGGGCAUAUUGCUGUGAACACUGUCGCAUCCUCUUCCUAGACCAUGUGAUGUACACUAUCCACAUGGGCUGCCACGGCUUCCGAGACCCUUUCGAGUGUAACCUCUGUGGCUACCACAGUCAGGACCGAUAUGAGUUUUCGUCACACAUGACCCGAGGGGAGCAUCGCUACUGA